UAUAGUGAAUGCAGGGUCCGGGGAGAGCAGAUAUAGUGAAUGCAGGGUCCGGGGAGACCAGAUAUAGUGAAUGCAGGGUCCGGGGAGAGCAGAUAUAGUGAAUGCAGGGUCCGGGGAGAGCGGAUAUAGUGAAUGCAGGGUCCGGGGAGAGCAGAUAUAGUGAAUGCAGGGUCCGGGGAGAGCAGAUAUAGUGAAUGCAGGGUCCGGGGAGAGCGGAUAUAGUGAAUGCAGGGGUCUGGGGAGAGCGGAUAUUGUGAAUGCAGGGUCCGGGGAGACCAGAUAUAGUGAAUGCAGGGUCCGG